GAACAAUGACACUCGGGGUGUCUCAGGGUUGAACGCCACAGAGAUUGGGGGACCGCUCUGGAGUGUAGAAAGGGCGCUGAGGGGGAUAUACUCAAAUUCUCUUUACUUUUCUUGGAUGGGUCUGGCACAGGCCUGUCAAUAUGUACUAAAAGAUCCCUUGGAAACUGUGAAAACAAAGCUCCACAUUGGUUGAUAUUUAAGAGAAAGAACCMCAACCGGAUUACAGUUGGUGUCGGGGAAAGAAUCGACCAGUAAGUGACAUUACUCAACAGUUUGGAGGCGGGGAAUAUAUCCUCGGUGGCUUGAAGAAGAGUGCCAGUGCGGAAUGUAUGUUGACGAUCGCUCCUUGGGACCAAAGAGAGAACCUUGUACAGUACAGAAGUGGGCAGCCCGACUCCUGUGAGGGAGCAACUGCAUGCUGGUGGCCUGCCUAUGGUGAGGUGAGGCUGGCAAACUAGCAGAGAUGGAUGUGUUUGGUGGUGCCCCACGUUUCCUGGCCUACCCUCGCCCCGUAGUAGUGCAGAGUGGCACUGACGCCGUCCUGAAGUGUCAGAUUGGCGGGGACCCCAGGCCAGCGGUCAUCUGGGAGCGAAACAACGAACAGAUCCACCCAGAGGGUCGCUACCGCAUCUUCGAGGACGGAAAUGUCUACAAUCUCAUAAUCUCAUCGGUGACCACAGAGGAUAGCGGCCAGUACACAUGCAAGGCCAAGAACAGCAUCGGGGAAACAUAUGCCGCGGCGACCCUGAAGGUGGAGGGGGAGGCCCAAGAGAUGGAGGUCCGGGAGGAGAACAAGCCUCGUUUCCUGAUCAAGCCCCUCUCCACCCGGGUGGGCCGCGGCGAAGACGCCGUCUUCUCCUGUAAGCUGUGGGGAAAGCCACGGCCAGAGGUGGUCUGGGAAAAGGACGGGAGAAAACUCAACCAGAUCUUUGAGAGUACACAUUUCAAUGUGGGCUACCAGGACGGAGGAUGGUUCCAGCUUAAAAUCUUCAAGACUCGUGCACCCGACGGUGGAGUGUACACAUGCAAGGCCAGAAAUGAGUUUGGAGAGGGGCUGGCUGGAGCCGUGUUGCUCGUCGAUGCAGGCCCGGGUCACGAGGAAGAGGGAAACCGAAACGGUUACACAAACGGCCACUGGAAAGGACAUCAAGGAAAACAGAGGAGUGGUAGGCAGCUGACCACACGGCUCAAAGACGACCCAGUGACCAACCAAGCCAAGCAAGUGAAAAUGUUUGCCGUGACAGAGGGCAAGCAUGCCAAAUUCCGCUGCUUUGUGACUGGGAAGCCCAAACCAGAAAUAAUAUGGAGGAAAGACGGCAGGCUGAUCAUGUCCGGAAGACGAUACCUGUUAUAUGAAGACAGGGAGGGUUACUUCACACUUAAAGUGCUGUAUUGUAAGCAACAGGACAACGGCGUUUAUGUUUGYGCUGCAUCCAACACUGCAGGACAAACCCUCAGUGCUGUACAUCUCUCUGUGAAAGAACCGCCUGUGCGGUUUAAACAGCCCCUCAUUGAUCUGGAGGUGUGGGAACGGGACCUGGCUGUUCUGGAGUGUGAGGUUCCUGAGGACUCUGUUCCCAUCACAUGGUAUUUGGAGGACAGGCGGCUACAGCCAGGGGCCAAAUAUGGGAUGGAAGAGUGGGGAACAAAACGACGACUAACUAUUCGUGACAUCGGAGUCGACGACGAUGGGAUUUAUCUUUGCGAGAUGGCGGAUGGGGGGAGGAGCAUUGCUGAGGUGGCAGUUAAAGGCACAAUCGUGCGUAAGCUUCCACGUAAGGUGGAUGUUUUGGAGGGGGAAAAUGCUGCCUUCUGUGUUGAAGUGGAGGAGGAGGAAAUGGACAUACACUGGUACAAAGAGGGGACGGAGCUCCGUGAGACUCAUCAGACCAUCCUGAAGUCCUUUGGAAAAACUCACAUUCUGGUUUUUGUCAACACAACGCCCCAGGAUUCUGGCCUUGUGACCUUCUUUGUGGGAAGAUCCAAAACUUCCUCUCAGCUGAGGGUAAAAGCGGCCAGGCAUAGCCCACCCAGCUGCCCAGUGGGUGUGCAGAUCAACACAGAGCGUGCCAACGCUGCCCUCCUCUCCUGGGUUCCGGCGCAGGACACCCGGAAGAACCCCCCAUCGGGUUACGUGUUGGAGAGGCAAGAGGUGGGCACCGGCUCUCAGGAGUGGCUGCAAUGCUUGACCACCGAMUCGGCCACCUCAGUGGAGAUUCUUGGCGACAGCGUUCCCUGCGAGGCAGAUUAUCGCUUUCGCAUAUGCGGUGUCAACAAGUAUGGCAGGAGCAACAAUGUGGAGUUCCCAAGGGCAGUUCACCUGGUCCCUGUGACCAGAAUACAAGCCCCCCUACAGGAUGCCUUGGUGCCAGAAGGCCAGGAUGCCUGCUUCUCAAUUGAGCUCACUGCCUCAGUUAUUGGCUCAUGGUUCUUGAAUGGCACUCAGCUUCUGGAGGACGACCGUUACUCCAUGCGGCGGUCUCGAACGCACCAAUCCCUACGCAUACAAGGGGUACGAGACACAGACAACGGGGCUGAGAUCACAUUCAUUGCCUAUGGAAUACGAGAUUCAGCAGCACUCUAUAUUCAAGCUCCUCUAGUGAAGUUCACACCACUGUCAGAGAUGGAUCGUAAUAAAUUUGUUGAACUUGGCAACCCCAUUGUACUCUACUGCGAGUUGUCAGACCCGGCAGUUCCAGUACACUGGUACAAGAAUGGGGUGGAGGUACACACAGUCGAGGGUCUUCAUAUUCAGUCAGAAGGCACAAUGAGGAGAAUUGUCAUCCAAUCAUCAGAGUUCUCCCAUUCCGGAGUGUAUUGCUGUGAUGCCAUUGAUGAUGUCAUAAGGUUCAACGUGGAAGUUGAGGCUCCACCUGUGAGGUUUUCAGCACUUCCAGAAGCUGAGAGGAACAAGUCCAUUGAAGCAGGCUGCCCCAUUGUACUACAAUGUGAGCUCUCAGAUCCAACUGCCCAGGUCUACUGGUACAAGGAUGGAACAAAGCUCCUACCUCAAAGUGGAAUAGAAAUCCAGUCAGAUGGCAUCACAAGGACACUAGUUGUCCAGUCAGCAGAGAUAUUCUACUCUGGGUCGUACAGCUGCAAGACAAAGGGUGAUGCCAUCAAGUUCAAUGUGGACGUCAAAGUUCGGCCUGUGAGGUUCUCAGUACUUCCAGAAGCUGAGAGGAACAAGUCCAUUGAAGCAGGCUGCCCCAUUGUCCUGAAAUGUGAGCUCUCAGAUCCAACUGCCCAGGUCUACUGGUACAAGGAUGGAAUACAGCUCUUUUCAAACCAUGAACUAGACAUCCAAUCAGAAGGCAACAUGAGGACGUUGGUUGUUCAGUCAGCAGAACUGACUGGCUCUAGCACUUACAGUUGUACCACGGUGGAUGAUACCAUGGAGUUCCAUGUGGAUAUCAAAGCUGUGCCAGUGACCUUCUCAGCUAUCUUUGAUGUUGAGAAGACCAAGUCGGUUGAAGCAGGCUGCCCAUUUCAACUGCAAUGUGAGGUUACAGAUCCCACUGCCCAGGUCUACUGGUGCAAGGAUGGGGAAAAGCUCCUCCCACAGACUGGAAUGGACAUCCAAUCUAAUGGCACCAUGAGGAGGCUCAUUGUCCAAUCAGCAGAGGUCUUUCACUCAGGGCUGUACAACUGUGAAACUUCUGACGACACUCUCCAGUUUACUGUGGAUAUCAAAGCUCCACCAGUGAAGUUCUUACCUUCACCAGAGGUUGUGAAGAGCCAGCCGCUUGAAGCAACCUGCCCCAUUGAACUACCCUGUGAGAUCUCAGACCCCAUUGCCCAGGUGUCACGGCAGAAGGACAAAGUAGAGCUCAUCUCUGACACUGGACCUUUCGAAAUGGAGGGCAUCAGGAGGAACCUGGUUGUCGAACCGGCACACCCCUCCAACUCUGGGGCGUAUUAUUGUGCGACAGCGGAAGAUGUUGCCCCAUUAAUUGUACAGAACCAAGCUCCGCCCAUGACAUACUUGGUUGCCCCUGAAGUUGAGAAGAACAAGUCCAUAGAAGCAGGCCUCUCAAUUGUACAACAGUUUGAGAUUUCAGACCCCAUUGCCCAGGUCUGCUGGCACAAAGAUGGAACACAGAUCUACCCACAUAGUGGACUUGACAGACAAUCAAAGGGCAGCAUAAGGACUUUGUUCAUCCAACCAGAUGACAUGUCCUGUGGUGGGAGGUUUGACUGCCAAACAACUGGCGAUACCACACAAUUUAAUGUGGCCAUCAAAGCAGAGCUGUCUCACCCUGGCAGUGAGAAGGGUGAGAUAUCUGAUGAGUCUUCCCAAUACACUAUGGAUAUCAAAGCACCUCCUGUGAGGAUCACAACACCUUGUGAAGCUGAGAGGAACAAGUCCGUUGCAGCAGGCGGUCCCAUUGUCCUGCGUUGUGAGAUAUCAGACCCAAAUGCACAUGUUUCCUGGUACAAGGACGGAACACUGCUGCAUGAAGAGAAUGGACUAGAAAUGCAAUCGAAAGGUUCCAUAAGGACAUUGGAUGUGGAAUCUGCAAGGCUGUCUGAUGCAGGGAGCUACAGCUGUAAGACAACAGAUGAUGCAAUGCAGUUUCAUGUGGAUGUGAAAGCUCCAACUCCGAAGUUUUCAGCAAUUUCUGAAGCAGACAAGAAAAAGUACAUCAAAUCAGGCAACCCCAUUGUACUGCAAUGCGAGCUCUCAGAUCCUACCACCAAGGUGUACUGGUACAAGGAUGGAACAAAGCUCCUAACCCAAAGUGGAGUAGACAUCCAAUCAGAUGGAACUAUGAGAACUCUAGUUAUCCAAUCAGCAGAGCUGUCUCACUCUGGAGUGUACCGUUGCGAGACAAUGGAGGAUGGCCUCCAAUUCACUGUGGAAGUAAAAGCUCCACCUGUGAGGUUCUCAGCACUUCCAGAAGCUGAAAGGAACAAGUUCAUUGAAGAUGGCUGCCCCAUUGUACUGCAAUGUGAGCUCUCAGAUCCAACUGCCGAGGUGUACUGGUACAAGGAUGGAACAAAGCUCCUAUCUCAAAGUGGAAUGGAAAUCCAGUCCGAUGGCAUCAAAAGGACACUACUCAUCCAAUCAGCUGAAAUAUCACACGGUGGAACAUAUGAGUGCUCAACAGCAGGUGAUACCAUCACAUUUAAAGUGGAGAUCAAAGCUCCAUCACAGAAGAUCAUGCCACUUUCACCAAUGGAGAGGAACAAGUCCGUAGAAAUUGGCACUCCCAUUGUACUGCAGUGUGAGCUCUCAGAUCCUCUAGCCCAGGUCUGCUGGUCUAAAGAUGAAAUGAAACUAUUUCCCAAAACUGGCCUCGAUAUCCAAAGUGAAGCCAAUGUGAAGAGACUAGUCAUUCACUCUGCGGAGCUCUCUGACUCUGGGCUCUACUGCUGUAGUCUUGCUGACGAUGCCAUGACAUUCAAGGUGGAUGUUCAAGCUCUUCCCGUGAGGUUUUCAGCACUUCCAGAAGUUGUGAGGAACAAGUUCAUUGAAGCAGGCUGCCCCAUUGUUCUACAAUGUGAGCUUUCAGAUCCAACUGCCCAGGUGUUCUGGUACAAGGAUGGAACAAAGCUCCUCCCAGAGAAUGGAGUCGACAUCCAAUCAGAGGGCGCUUUGAGGGCUGUGAUCCUCCAAUCAGCGGAGCUCAGUCACUCUGGGGUGUACAGCUGUGAGGCUUUAGAUGACUGCAUAGCAUUCAAGGUGGAUGUUGCAGCACCUAUAGCUCCACCAGUGAGGUUCUCAGCUGCCCCAGAGGUUGAGAGGAACACGUCCAUUGAAGCAGGCUGUCCUAUUGUACUGCAAUGUGAGCUCUCAGACCCCAGUGGACAGAUCUGCUGGUACAAGGAUGGAAUAAAGCUCCUCCCACAAUAUGGAAUACACAUCCAAUCAGAGGGCACCAUGAGGACCCUGGUUAUCCAAUCAGCCACAUUUUCAAGCUCUGGGGUGUACAGUUGUAAAACAGCAGAUGAUAUCAGCGAAUUCUAUGUGGAUGUGAAAGCACCUCCGGUGACGUUUGUUGAUAUCCCUGAGGAAGACCUCUUCAAAAGUGUUGUGGAACAAGAUCGUCUUGUUAUGUCCUGUGAGGUUUCCAGGGCUGACGCUAUUGUCCAGUGGUACAAAGAUGGGGUUGAAACGCAGUCUAGUGACAACGUUGCUGUACAAGCAGAUUGCACUCUUAGGAUGCUGACCAUCCAGUCAGCUCAGCUGUCAGACUCUGGGACAUACACAUGUCGUGCCGGAGACAGAGCUUUAAUGUUCAAGGUUAACAUACGAGAGCCACCAGUGAUGAUUGUAUACCCUAAAGAAGAUGUCCACCUUGAUCGGCAUGUGCCGGAGGAGAUCAUUCUCAGCUGUGAACUCUCACGUCUAAAUGGUGUCGUAAACUGGUUCAAGGAUGGGCAAAAGUUGCAAGAAAGCGAAAACAUUAAACUUAAGAUUGAGGGCCCUUACAGGCGACUGAAGAUUCUUUGUGGUGGAGUCGAAGACUCUGGCGAAUACGUCUGUGACACGGCUGAUGAUUCAAUAUUCUUUCAUCUCAGCAUAACAGAGCCUCCAGUACAAAUUAUAUCUCCGAGCCAGUCGCAAAUGGAGCUCUGCCAGCAAACAUCUGAGAGGAUGGUGUUGAGCUGUGAGAUCUCAAGGCCCAAUGCUGUGGUGCGCUGGUAUAGGGACGGGCUUGAGGUGGAGGAAAAUGACAACCUCAUCUUAGAGGUGGAUGGGGUCUACAGGAGACUCAUUAUACCCGAGACCACAGUCAAAGAUUCAGCCGAAUAUGUGUGCGAUACGGCUGAUGACAACAUGACAUUCUUUGUCAACAUUGCAGAUCCUCCUGUCCGUUUCGUACGCCCAAGAAAGAUGGCAAGUCGGGUCGAGAUGUUUGUUGGAGAUUCUUUGGUUCUUGACUGUGAGGUGUCCAGAUCAAAUGCCGCGGUAAGCUGGAAGAAGAAUGGGGAGGAAAUGGAAGAGAGCAGCAAUGUYACCGUUAUUGAGGAUGGCGUCAUGMGGCAAUUAACCAUCCACUCCAUGACAUUGGAGGACGCUGGGCAAUAUGUCUGUGACGCCAAGGAUGAUGUGAUGGACUUCCAGGUCAAGAUCAAAGAGACACCUGUAAAGAUCCUGGGCAAAAACGAUGUGAAUACUCAAAAGCAGUUCUUCGCCUCAGAUGACAUUGUCUUAGGGUGUGAGCUUUCAAGAGCCAACUGCGUGGUAGUCUGGUACAAAGACAACAAAAAAAUCGAUGACAAUGAGCGCUGCUGUAGUGAGGAGCAGGGUGUUUUCCGUUCACUGGUGGUUUUAAAUGCUGAGAUCGACGACUCUGGAGAGUACACCUGUGAUGCCGGGGAUGAUAAGAUGGUGUUCAGUAUCACCGUGAAAGAACCCCCUGUGACCAUCAUCGGCAACUCGGGUAACCCAGAGCAUCAUAGCCUGGUAGCAGGCGACAAACUCAUCUUGGAGUGCGAGAUAUCUUGUCCGAAUGCCACUGUCCAGUGGCUCUGGAAUGGAAAGUUACUGAGUUCAGACGCUCGCACUCACAUAGACAGUGACGGUGCCACCAGGAAACUUGUUUUGUCAGAACUUCAGCCCUCGGACUCUGGAGAGUACAUAUUGGAUGCCAUCAAUGACAAAAUGGUAACCAUAGUUGAGGUCCAAGAGCCCCCAGUCAAGUUUGUGAACAAACAAGCCAGAACCACCAUCUCUGGCUACGAAAAUGAAAGUGUGACACUGUGUGCCAUGGUGAACCGGGAGCAAGCCUAUGUGCGAUGGCUUAAAGAUGGUGAACUAUUGAAUGGGGAUAAUAUUCACAUCGCCAGUGUGGGUAAAAUGCACACCCUCACCAUCAACCCCCUGAAAUUAUCAGAUAGUGGAGGGUUCGUCUGUAACAUCAACACGGACGAAAUGUAUUUCAUUGUCCAGGUCAAAGAAAUGAAAGUGAAAUUCUCCAGACCUCUGGAGAAUAUCGUAGCCCUGAAGGACAGUACCCUUACCCUGAGGUGUGAGGUCAACAAACCUAAAGGAGAUGUUCAGUGGCUCAAAGAUGGCCAGGAGAUUAAGCCCAGCCGUCGACAUACGAUAAGGGCACAGGGUCGGGAGCGAAGCAUCACUAUCCACCAGCUAAUGCUAGACAAUGCUGGGGAAUAUGCCUGUGAAUCCACAGACGAUAGGACUUUUGCCACCAUCGGUGUAGAAAUGCCUCCACCUAUUGUCGAGUUUAUCGCAGAGCUACACAAUAUCACUGUACUGGAGGGGGAAGAUGCUACAUUUAAGUGUGUGGUUUCGCCAGAGGACACACAGCUAGUGUGGAGCCUGAACGGCCGGCCUGUAGCUCCAAAUGAGAGGUUUGUCAUUUCAAGUAAUGGACUGUGCCACAUGCUGUGCAUUUACAACUCCCAGGUCUCAGACUGCGCCACGGUGACUGCCAAGGCAGAAGGGCUGGUGUCUGAGGCAAACCUCCAGGUUCAAGAACAACAAGUGUUGUUCACCAAAAACAUGGUGCCCGUUGUGGCUGAGCAAUUCGGGGAGGCUACCCUGGAGGUGGAGGUGGGUCUCGACUCUGGAGAGGUGCAAUGGAUGAGGCAGGGUGUAGUCAUCCACCCGGGGCCAAAGUUCACCCUGAAGAAAAAGAGCCGGCGACGGAGCCUCACCAUCCACAAGCUCGCCCUUUCUGACCGGGGCACCUACAGUUGCGAAACUCUCCACGACCGCACGCAAGCCCAACUCAUCGUGGAACCCAGAAAAAUUACAAUUCGGAGAGGACUCACUGACAUCCAAACCAUUCAACGUGAAACGGCAUCCUUCGAGGUGGAGCUGUCGCACAGCAAUGUAGAAGCCACUUGGCUAAAGGAUGGGAACCAGCUAAAGCCCAACAACCACUGGCGCAUGAGUGCCAAAGGGUGUGUCCACAGCCUCACUAUCUCCAACCUCUCCUUGGACGACACAGGCACAUUUGUGUUAUCUGCGGAAAAUGUGAAAUCAUCUGCAAGGCUCAUUGUUAAAGAGCCACCAGUGACAGUCAUUAAGAAACUGGAGGACUUGCGCUUUCCAGAAGCAGCUGUGGCAUCAAUGGAUUGUGAGCUAUCAAGGCCUCAUGUUGAAGUGAAAUGGAUGAAGAAUGGGAUCGAGGUGAAACCACGCAAGGAUUUGCGUAUUUAUGCUAUGGGAAGAAAACACUACUUCCAAAUCCUGAAGUGUGAAGUCAGUGAUUCUGGCACAUACUCAUGUGACGCUGGAGACUCCAGUACAUCCUGCAAUAUAGAGGUCUACGAACGGGAGCUUGUGGUCCUGCAAGGCCUGGAGGACCUGGACAUACAGGAGGACCAGAAUGCUGUGUUUGUAGUUGAGAUCUCCCUGGAGGAUGUGUCUGGAGAGUGGUUAAAAAAUGGAGUGAGAAUUACACCAACCAGCACCAUCAAGAUCCGCCAGGAAGGGACGAAGCAUUUUCUUCUAAUGUGCAACGUGAGAGGAGAGGACUCCGGAGAGAUCAAGUUCGUCGCCAAACACGUGGAAUGCACAGCCUAUCUGGAAGUGGAGGAGCUUCCGUUGAACAUAACGGACCCUCUCCAGGACAAGGUGGCUCUUGAGAGGAGUCGUGCGAUCAUGGACUGCUCAGUGUCCAACCCUCGGUGCAGUAUCCGCUGGUACAAAGGCAGCAAUGUCAUCCUGCCCUCAGAGCGCUUUGAGAUCUGCAGUGAGGGCUGCUAUCGCAAGCUGGUCAUUCAACAGGUGGCACUGGACGAUGAGGGAACCUACAGUGUGCAGGUUGGAGAGCACACAUGCUCUGCGAAACUGACUGUAGAAGCCCAGUCUCUCCUGAUGGUGAGGGAACUGAAGAGCGUGGAGGUGGUGGCCCCGGAUGAGGCCUGCUUCGAGUGUGAGGUCUCGGUCCCCGUCCUCAAAGCCCCCGUGUGGAGCCUGAAGGGGGAGGCCCUGCAGCAGGGGCCCAAAGUCAGCCUAGAGAAGAUGGGCAUGGUCCACCGCCUCACCCUCCGACAGACCUCUGUUGACAUGACCGGCUUGGUGGAGUUCACAUCGGGAAAAGCCAAGAGCAGCGCCGAGCUCCACGUCCAGAGUGAUCCUUGACAGACGCAGUAUCGUCGUGAUGCAGUGUCAACAUCAGAAUGAGAUGGAUCGAUAUUUUAUUCACCAAUUUAUUUGUGUUCAUAUUUGUCAUGUGAAAUUGGAAUGUAUGGAAUAGAAUUGUAAGAUAUAUUCCUGUCUUUCAAAAGGGGGUGAAUAUUUUGUCAAAGUUAACAAUAAGUUAUUGAAAUAUUUUGUAUAAUUAUUUCCCAAUGCAGAUACCCCUAUUCACUUGAAACAAUGUCCUCUAAAGAGGCUCUAGGUAAAUAUCAACCAACAUAAGUACAGAGUUGACAAAAUUGUCUCUCUGAAUACGAGCAUGUGCUUAAUCCAUAAAAUGUCAUGUAAUAUAAASAUUUUAUGUAAUAUAAAAAUGUGUUCUAAAGUCGAUCGUAAAAUACAGUUGGAGAAUGCAAUUGAUUACAGGCGUGGGACCGAAUCCUAACUUGAGAUCCAUGUUUGAGUGGAGUUUGCUUGCAAAUCUCACAUAGAUAUGAAUGCAUGCUUUAUGCAAAAGUCUGAGUUGUGCACUGGCAUCCUACGUCAGAAUUUGGGCCAUAAUGGUUACUUAUAGCAAGUAUUGAGAAACUGUAAGUUGUUUAGAAGCGACGAAUCCUAACUUGAGCUACCAACUUUUUCACAUAAAUCUCCCUUUGACAUUAAUGCAUUUAUCCAGAACUUUGAGAUACACAUUUCUCUCAAGUUAGGAUUCAGUCCAAAGUUUAAAAAGGUUCUUAAAAGGUUCCCUUAGUUCUAUUUACUUUAAGUGUCCAUUUAGUCAGUCAGUCAAGCUGUUUGAAGAAGAGCCGUUCUCGCUCUCAAAUUUCUUUAUCAUCAUUACUUAUUUCAUUUGUAUUUUUCAUCACGUGUCCCACUGUAUAGACAUCGUUUUUUACAUUUUGAAGUUGUUUUGUUGGAGGCAGAAAUUCAAGCUACAAUGAAGAAUGGGUUCUGUCAAGUAGUAUUGGGCUUGUAAAAUAAAUACAUUGGGCCAAAAUUGGUUAAUUUAGAAAGGUAGUUUAUAUUGAUCAUUUUAUUAGAUUAUAUUCAAGUUUAAAUGCAGAGUUACCUGAGUAAUAUAUAUUGUAUUGAAUAAUUCAUGAAUAUGGUUUUCAUAUGAAGUGAAGUGAAGUCAAUUUCAUAUUUCUUUUUCUUUUCAAUUUAAUUUGUUUUCAACGCCCCCCGCAAUGUAUCGAAUUGCUCCAUUAGUGUAUGCAGGAAUAAUUGUAAUGGGAUAUUACCUGUUUCAAUAAAUCAUGCUUUAUUAUGGUAAA